AUGUGGUCCCCCUCAGUUAAGGAGAUCCUGGGUAGUGGAUAUUGGCCUGGCACCUUAAAUUUCUGCACCCUGUUUUCAAUGGAUGUCUUUCAGUCUUUCUAUGACAUUAAGAAGGCUGCACCAGGGAUGUCACUUAAGGCAUUUGUCAAAAUGCUGGAUGAACGAACAGCCCAUUUUGGAAGGACUGGCCGAAUAUCAGCUGAUGCCUUCAGUAGAAGUUUCUUGGAGUGGAGUGCUGUAAAGUUUGAGGUGGACAGGAUGUGCAAGGAGCCAUGCUUUAGCUGCCCUGCCUGCACUCCAGACAUGCUUGCCGUCUCAGUUGAUGGAAACCGUAAGCUUUAUCGCUUUCAAUCUAAUGCAAGCACUUCAGAGCAGGGGAACUUUGAAGGUGUCUUCAUUGAAAAAGAUGAGGACGUUGCUGAGUUUGUGAAAUACAUCCAGAGACAUACAAAUCAUGUCCCGGGGAAAGGGUUGUGCGGAUCUUCAUCUUGGACUGCAGCAAAGGAGUCGUCCAAAAAGUCCACUGGGAAGUUGGAUGAAGAGGGCAUGGAAAUAGCUGUUUGUCGCCACGGAGUCCUCUUAGCUGCAUUGAACAUGUUUCGAGGGGAGAUCUUUGCUUACCCCCUUUUUCUCCAGAGGAAGUUGGCAGCUAACGUCCCAGGACAUAUUACGUUCCUUUGCUCCGAUGUGGCCUGUAAAUAUUUCCCCUAUUUAACCAAGGUGGCUCAGCAGUGCCCUGAGCUGAGGAACCUCUUGUCAAUGCGUCCUUUUCUCUCCGUCAUGCAUGCAAAGGCUCACACUUGGAAAUGCGAGAUCAAAUGGGGAGGUGCGUUUCAGGAUGGGGCCGGUUCAACAGUUGGAGAAGAGGUGGAACAAGUAAACAGUUUCCUGUCUAGGGCGGCCAUCACAACGAAGUACAUGUCUAAAGCAGGGCGAACAGACAUGCUGACCCUCCUGGCUUUGGGUUGGAACAAAAGGAAAGUGGAACAACUGGGCCGCACUUUGAGCCAGAGAUAUCUCAAGAUCAUAAGGAUCCUUAGAGAACAAGUGGAGAGCCUGAAUGCGACCAAAAAUGAGCUGGGUGUGGAUGACGACACACUGCAGCAAUGGGUGGCCGAUGUGCAGAAAUGGGCUGAAGAAAGUGAUCAAACUGAUGGCAGCCUUGGAGCGUUGCAGGCACGAAUAGAGGAGCUUGUCGUCAUCAUCAGAGUGCGAACACAAAGUCUUUACAGACAAAAUGAUAGCAACAAGAGGCGACACAGAAUUCGCAAGGUCAUCUUAGAUGAGAAGAAACGCUUGGCGGCUGCUGUUGACGACUACAACAAGCUUGCUGAACCAACAAAGCAAAUCGUAUCCAGUGAUGCCCUCAUCCAGACCGACAUUUGGCCCUGGCAGAGCACAAGUGAACCUGCUGCAGACCUCCAGACAAAGAGAAAGGUCUUUGAGAAGGUGAUGGCUGUGAGGCGCCUGAGAGAGGAGGAGAUGAUCCUUUGCAGGGAGAUGCGGCAUCACUGGACAGUGUUGCGAAUGCGAUCUGUGGUGUUGGGGACAAUCUCCUCAGACUCCUCCCUUGUUGGCAUGUCGGCGGAUGCACAGAAGGGACUCCAUAGCCUGGUUUUAAAAAAACAAAGUGAACUGAAAGCUGAAAUGCUCAAAGUAAAGGACAUGUACAAGAGAAUCCUCAGCUACCAACCACUCCUGGAAAUGGACUCAGAGGAGGAGGAAGACAUUCCAGACGAUGCCACUGAGAGUGAUUUGAGCACUUCUGAUGAAGACUGA